AUGACAUCACUUACUCGUAAUCAUCAUGCUACAAAACGAUUCAAUAAUGGUGCUCGCUUAAAGAUAGCGAAUCAUCAUCCGACGGUCAUUCCAACAGUGACACAAUCGAAUGACGUCAAUAACAACUCGAAUAAUUCAGGCGCUGUUCUUGCACACUACGAACAUGCACAUCCAGAUUCGCUUUUAGAAGCUCUCAAUGAUCUCCGUCUAAGUCGACAGUUAUGCGAUGUAACAAUUGUUGUUGGUCAACAUGAAUAUCCUUGUCACAAAAAUGUUCUUGCUGCUGCCAGUCCAUAUUUUCGAGCAAUGUUUACGACCUCCGAAAUGUGUGAAUCAUCUCAACCAUCUGUCACUCUCAACGGAGUCGAUCCUGAUGCCAUGUUUGAACUUAUUGAAUAUGCAUAUACAUCUGAAAUCACAAUUUGUGAAAAUAAUGUUCAAUCGUUACUUUCCGCUGCAAAUCUGUUAAUGAUGCAAUCCGUACGAGAUGCGUGCAGUUCAUUUUUCGAACGUUUUCUGGAUGAAACAAACGCCAUUGGAAUAAAUUGUUUUGCUGAAUUACACGGAACUCAAGAAUUGACAAAGAAAGCAAAACGGUUCGUUCUGAAGAAAUUCUCACAAGUCGUUCAACAAGAUGAAUGGCUUCAUGUUUCAGCACAAAAAGUCAUUGAAUUUAUAAAGGAAGACGAUCUGCGUAUAACGAGUGAAGAUGAAGUAUAUGAAGCAUGUUUACGAUGGUUAAAUCAUGCACCUGAACAAAGAAAGAAUGAUUUUCAUUCAAUACUGCAACAUAUUCGUUUAGCAUUUCUCAGUCCGUACAUAUUGAUGGAUAAAGUUGCAACGUGUAAAAUUAUUCAAGAAGAUGCGACUUGUCGUGAACUAUUUCACGAAGCACUGAAAUAUCAUUUACUUGUUGACAGACGUCCGGAAAUGGUAUCAAUCAAUUCUCGAUUGAAGCCGCGAACAUGUUCAGAGCUGAGUGAAGUAUUGGUAUUUUUGGGUGGCGAAGAUGAACGAGUCGUUGUGCGUGGUGUUGAAGUCUAUAAUCCCGAAAGAGAUGAAUGGAAAAAACUUGCUUGUUUGCCGUAUGCCGUUUCUAAACAUGCUAUUGUUUCAUUAGGAGCGUCAUUACUCUAUCUAUGUGGUGGAGAUUUUCCAAAUGGUCGACCAAGUUCAGAAGUUUGGAAAUACGAUCGGAAACUCGACGGAUGGCAUCAAUUGUCAGAUAUGUUAACCCCACGAUCUGAAUUAGGUUUAGUAUUAAUUGAUGGAUAUAUCUACGCAUGUGGAGGUUCAAAUGGAGAUGUGCGUCUCAAUACCAUUGAACGAUAUUCCAUUGCCGAGAAUAAAUGGACUUCAAUCGGUACGAUGCAAGUUGGAAUGACAAGUCCAGCUUGCUGCACAUUGGAUGGUUAUUUGUAUAUAAUUGGAGGAGCAGUACUCGAAGAAGGUGAUGCUGUUGAUCUAGUCAUGAAAUUCGAUCCUCGAACAUUUGAAUGGAGUAAUGAUGUUUCUCCUAUGCGUAUCGCACGUUCAGGCGCAGCCGUUGUUGUUGUCCGACGAAAAAUUUAUGUUUGUGGAGGAUUACAAUCGAACACAGAAAAUACGAAUUUAGCCGAAGUUUACGAUCCAAAUAUAAAUCAAUGGCAAUUCAUUGCACCGAUGUGUGAGCAUCGUUAUCGACCGGGUGCGGCGGUUGUCAAUGAGAAGAUCUUUGUAUGUGGUGGACAAGGCGAUCAGCCAGGAAAAUAUCAUGAAAGCGUUGAGUUUUAUUCCAUCGAAACAGAUCAAUGGACAAUCAUCACCGAAUUAAUAUGUGGACGAAGUUUUCUUGCGUGUGCCAUGCUUUUAUUGAAAUGGUCCGAUAUUGUUUGGGAUCACGUUUGUGACGGCGAAAGUAACUCCUUACCCGACAUAAACUAA